UCCUGAGGAAAAAGAAGACCGUGGAUAAGUCCAUUGUCGAUUGUCCCGAAAUUUGCCUGUGAAAUGCGCUUUGGUAAACAUCCAGUUUGAAAAGCUUGUUGGUGGUAAUCAUUCGAAAAAAGUGAUCGAACAUGGACACAUCUUGCGAGUUGGGGUCGGAUGAAAGUUCUUAUGAAAUAUUCAAACAGGACAGCUUGUUUGCCGAGAGUUUUCCUUUGAUGAAGGAAAUUCGCAGGCAGGGGAAACUGUGUGAUGUGACUCUCAAGGUUGAUAACCAUUCGUUCUCGGCACAUAGGAUAGUACUGGCCGCCACAAUUCCCUAUUUCUACGCUAUGUUUACUCAUAAUAUGGCCGAAAGUAGGAUUAAAGAAAUAACAAUGAAGGAAAUAGAGCCCCAUGCUUUGGAGAGUUUGAUAAAUUUUGCAUACAGCGGAGUGGUUAAAAUUGAUAAUCAAAAUGUUCAAGGACUGAUGGUUGGAGCCUCCUUUCUACAACUGAACAAAGUUCGAGAUGCUUGCGCAGAUUUUCUGAAAGACAGGUUUCAUCCGCAAAACGUACUGGGCAUUCGUCACUUUGCAGAUACACUUGGAUGCGCACAACUGGUGACUUCUGCCGACCGCUACAUACAUCAGUAUUUCUCGAAGGUUGCAUUAUCGGAUGAGUUCAUGGGAUUGAGUUUCGAUGACCUGAUUGACAUCGUUCGUCGCGAUGAGCUGAAUGUUCCGACCGAAGAACGCAUUUUCGAUGCGUGCAUGAAAUGGGUUAAAUUCGAACAGCAAACCCGUGCAGUAUAUUUGCCCAACAUUCUAGCCAACAUCCGGCUACCCCUUCUAUCGCCACAAUUUUUAGCCGACAACGUUGCAACGGAAGAAUUGAUACGUACGUCACACAAGUGUAGAGAUUUACUAGACGAAGCACGAGAUUUUCAUUUAAUGCCGGAACGCAGAGCGCUCGUUUCUGCUUCUCGCACAAGGCCACGGUGCUGCGACUAUGUUGUUGGGCAAAUUUAUGCAGUUGGAGGACUAACAAAAAAUGGAGAAUCGGUAAGCACCGUGGAAAUAUAUGACCCCGUUACCAAGGAAUGGAAAAUGGGCGAAGCAAUGUCAAUGCUUCGUUCCAGAGUAGGGGUUGCUGUAAUGGAAGGAAAACUGUAUGCAUUUGGUGGAUUCAAUGGAACAGAAAGAUUAUCAACUGUCGAAGUCUACGAUCCCGUGCAUAAAAAAUGGAACCAAGGAAAGCCAAUGAGAUGCAAACGCAGUGCUGUAGGCGUUGCAGCUUUAGAUGAUUUAGUCUACGUAUGCGGCGGAUACGAUGGAGUUACUAGCUUAAGCACGGUUGAAUGCUAUUCACCCAAGACAGAUUCAUGGACAACUGUGGCCCCAAUGAUGAAAUACCGUUCUGCAGGUGGUGUUGCUCCCUUGGGAGGUUAUGUGUAUGCCUUAGGUGGACAUGAUGGUCUUUCUAUAUUCGAUUCGGUUGAGCGAUACGAUGUCACUACCAAUACUUGGACUAAGGUUCGAUCAAUGCUAAAUCGUAGAUGUAGGCUUGGAGUUGCUACACUUGGAGGUAAAUUGUAUGCUUGUGGAGGAUACGAUGGAAGUUGUUUUUUACGUUCAGUUGAAGUGUAUAUACCUGAAAAGGAUCAGUGGCAGCUAAUAGCUCCGAUGAACGUGAAGAGAAGUCGAGUGGCCUUGGCUGCUAAUAUGGGUAAACUAUGGGCCAUCGGUGGUUACGACGGGGAAUCAAAUCUGUCUACAGUGGAAGUUUACGAUCCCAAAAUGGAUACGUGGACAUUCGUGGCACCUAUGAGACACCAUGGCGGAGGUGUGGGGGCUGGCGUCAUACCAAACUUUGCAAAGUAAUGUUUCUUCUGAUGAUGCAAUGUGAUAAAUUAAAAAUAUCUCAUAAGUUUGUGUUAGCUUAAAUUUUAUUCUUAUAGAUCUAAUCGCUCAUUCUCAAAUCCUAAAGCUGUAUUCUAGAAAUCAAUCACAAAUCACAAUUGCAAAACAUAAUCGAUGUUAGAAAACAUGUGCAAAGGUAAAUGAAAAUGUUUUUGUUUUUGUUCUGAGUUAUUUUUUUUAUAAUUUGAUAGAUUACUGAUAUCGGACAUGUUCUAUGGUCAAACUAUUACAAUAUAACGAAAAAAGCUUGUAGAUAGAUAGCAUUCCCUUUCGAAAUGAUAUUGCAUAUCGAAAGCGUAUAUGAUUAUGAUGAAGAAAAAUACGUAAUCAUAUUAACUGUUUUUAGGCGCCUUUGAAAAAACCAAACAACUAGUAGUUCAGAUAAAAGCUGCUGUGAGCCCUGUUUUGGUGCCAUCAUGCUCACUCGCAUUACAUCUUGGAUAAGGUUCGCAUUGAAAGUCAAAACCUUCUUGCAUUCAAAGGCUAUUUGCUUGAAUUAAACCGAUUUGGGUUCUCUUGGCAGCAAAUUAAAGCUACACUGCAAGAAAUAAAUGCAACCCGCCCGAUGAGUUAAUUCCGAUGUACUGAAUAAUCAAUGUAAUCACGAAACCUAUGUAUGAUUACAUCGUUUUGAUGUAAAAUCUUUUGUUCCUACGUGUACAUCGUCCUGUGCAAUAUUCAUGCAACCAACGGAUUGAUCGGGUUGCAGCAGUUCAGAUGUAAUAUUACACAACAGUUUUUUCUGUGUACAACAUCCUUGUAGAAUGCUAUUGAAUUUUAUAUCGAUUGGACAUUUAGUUACCGAGAUAACUUUCAAAGAGUACUUGGGUAUCAGCAUGUUGGCUCCAGAGGCACGUUAUCCUCCGUUUGGGACAUUUGUGCCAUUACUAGAGUUCACACUAAGAAAAAGUAUAUCUAAAAUGUGCAAGAUUCACUCAAAAUUGAGCUAAAAUGGAACAGCUCAAAAAUGAGUAAAUUGCCUUUCCAGCGCUAGCGCUUACCUAAGUGCGAAAAUCUAACCAUUUUAAGCCGUAUAACAUUCUUGACAUCAUCAAGAAUAUUAUACGCAGUUCAUUACGGGAAACAUUCUUGACAUCAUCAAGAACAUUAUACGGCUUAAACAGAUGAAGUUUUUGCACUUGGGCCAGCGCUGGAAAUGCAAUUGACUCAAUUUGGAGUUGUCCCACUUUAGCUCAAAAAUUCAAAAAUGAGUGAAUUUUCUGACCGUGUAUUUGGGAGAAGUAUAACUCUACUCUGGCGUUCGAUUUAAAUAGGUCGUAUGUUUGCUGUGAUUCCCAUGCACAUUCGAUCUAUUCAAAUCGAACGUCAGAACUAUUUUAGCAUGAAGGCCAUGUAGUAAAUGGUCAUGUCAUUCACUUUCUACAAGUUUUCACGCUUAUUUGCUAUCUAGCGAAUCUAUCAUAUCUUACGUACUUGAAGUUUUUACAGAAAUCUAUGUUUCAUUGGAAUUGAGAAAAAAAAAUUCACCAGAAAUUGGAAUUUUUAAGAGAUUAUUUCUGCCGUUUUACUCAAAAGAUCCUCUUGAUUUUUUCCAGGAGUUUAAUUGAAAACUCAAACAUAUGUUAGUUCUGAAAUUUCUCCUGGAGUUCCACUGCCCAUAAUCGCAUAGUUGACGUAAUCACCAUUGACAAUGUCAGCACUCACAAGCAAAUAUCUAUCAAAUGUGCAUAAUUGUGACCAGUUUUAUUCAAUAGAGCACAAGAUCUAAUCACUAGCUAGAUACCAACGUGAAAAAAAAAUCAUAAACUUUUCAUUAAUCAUUGUUGAAAUUUCAAAAGUGCGCUGAAAACUACAGUGGCGCUUACGUCAACUAUGCGAUUAUGGGCAGUCCAGGCAUUCCCUCAAAAGUUCCUACGUGAAAUCUUCCAAGAGUUUUUUUUUCUAAAAUUUCCCCAGAAAUUGCUUCUGGCGUUUGAUUUGAAUAGGUCGUAUGUUUGCUGGGAUUCCUAUGCAGACCUAUUUAAAUCGAAAGGUAGACUUCAUGAGAUUCCUCCAGGAGUUCCUUCUAGAAUUCCGGCGAGAGUUUUUUAUUACUUUGCUGAUUAAUGAUUUUGUUCUUGCAUUCCUCCUAGAGGUUCUGCUGAAUUUCCUCCAGAAUAUUAUUUGGAAUUUCUUCAGGAUUUCCUACUGCUAUUUGUCCAAUUGUUCCUUUCGGGGAUUUUUCAGCAGCUCAAUACGGGAAUCCUCUAGAAGUUCUAAUGAUUAUAUAGACGUCAAAACAUAACAUCUGGUAAUUUUCACUUGGUUAUGCCCAGAAAUUGGUAUUUUCAGCAUUUCUAAAGAAACUUUAGGUUCUGUAAACAUUGUAAAUUUGUGUAACUGUAAAAACAUUUUUACAAUUAUCCCACUAACGUGGGUAGAUCAUCUUACAAAGGUGCGUUGCGGUGUAAGAUCUACCAAAUUAAAUUUUGACCUUGCUAUUUACCGCAUAUAUAAAUUCAGGCCAAACAUGUCUAAAGGUCCAACCUGCAGAAGAGAGGCUCUCUUUGGUUUCCCUCUCUUUCGUUAAUAUCUCAGCUGUUUAUUUGAAUUAUGAUUGUCUUCUUGCAUAGAACGAUGGUAAAAACAAUGGUCUUUUGAUUUGUACUGCAAAAAUAGUUGAAAAGUGUAUCAUUACCUCUCAAAUGCAGAUAGGACCUAUUGAAAUGUUUGGCCUGAAAUAUGCCAAGAUCAAAGUUUGACGCACUUUUUAAGUUUAUGCAAUAUAUUUUUUUUUGUUUUAAAGUUACUGCUCAUUAACAUUUUAUUUCAGCAGGAUUCAGGUAAAUUUAUCGAAUGAUACAAAUGAUAUUGUAAAAAAAAUAUGUAACUGUGGCGAGCGUAUCACUAAUUUGUAGCUUUUUUCGGCGUACAUCAUUCUAUAUUCCAGAUUUUCGAAGAGUCCAAUAUUUCAGUUAAAUGCCAUCAAGAUGACGAGGAAACCAGGAUGAAUUGAACAGACAACUCAGGCCAAACAUGUCUAAAGGUCCUAUCUGCAGAAGAGAGGCUCUCUUUGGUUGCCCUCUCUUUCGUUAAUAUCUCAGCUGUUUAUUUGUAUUAUGAUUGUCUCCUUGCAUUGAACGAUGGUCAAAACAAUCGUCUUUUGAUUUGUACUGCAAAAAUAGUUGAAAAAUGUACCAUUACAUUGCAAUAACUGAAAGAGAAUGUGAACAAAGAGAGCCUCUCAAAUGCAGAUAGGACCUAUUGAAAUGUUUGGCCUGAACUGAUUAAAAGCUGAGACGAGACUCGCGAAGACGGUCUUCUUUUUCUCCACAUUAUACCGCAUUUAGUUCACCACUGGACUGCGAACUGCGACUUCAUAAGUGCGAAAACGUAAAUAAAAGUGCGCGUUUGCAUCAAAUCAGGUUGAUGUCUUCGGCGCACUAUUUCUUCAAUCUAUGGUGAACAAGUGCUCUGAAGACACCGAGUUGAUUUGAUGCAAUCGCGCACUUUUAUUAGCGUUUUCGCACUCGUGAAAACUAGUGCGAUAGUCCAGUGGUGAACUAAAUGCGCUAUAUUAUUUUUUUCUUCUUUCUAUCUGUGUUGACAUUAUGUUUCGGGCUGGUGGUUCAAACACGUACGUGACCGCAUCACCUCACAUGCAGUGUGACUGAAUCCCAUUCACGCACAAAAUCAUGUUGAGGUGAAAUUUUGCAUCGCCAACAAUCGCCAAGCAAAGUAAUCAUUGGAAUAUUUUGUUUUCAAUUUAUUUUUGACAGUACAGGAGAAGAAAAUGCUGCUCGGAGUGAAUUUUGGCUUCAGAAUUUAUCUCGGAUAGCAAUACUUUACUCGUUUUAGGUAACGUAAUCAAACGGGCUACAACUGACAGCUCAGUUGGGCUGCACUUGACGUUGCUUUUUUUCCUCUUCGCGAGUCUCGUCUCAGAUUAAAAGCAGUCUAACAAUGGUGUGCCUGAACGUUAACCAAACGUAUCCUUUGGAGUUUACGCUUCCACUAACAACACUUAAAUUCUCGUAUUGUCCGGCGCCGAUCGUACGCCCGCAAGGCAUACAGCCGCAAUGGUACUCGCAAGGCAAAACAAAUGAAAAUAUGUUCCCGCCCAAAACAAAAGCAUGUAGGUUUUGCGUAGUGACAGAUGUUUUUCAAUGUAUUUGUGAUAGGGGUUAGAGUGGCUCAGUGAAAUGAGUGUGCUUGCUGUCAAAUCCCAUAUAAUGGAAUAAAGUACUUGCAGAAGCUGGUGACGCUGUUAUGAUUAGUAACUGUUGCGCUUGUAUCAGAAACCAGAGGCAGAUAAUCGCCAUAUUCUGAUUUUUUCUUGAGAGGCAUAAUAACAUCUAGGCCUGAGAGAUCGUAGAGCUGUCUACAUCUUUCAUAGGUGUCCAAAACUAACUAUCCUUUCCCAUCUCUCAGCAGUCGCAAGGACGUGUUCUCGACCAUUGGAGGAUUGCGUCAAUCUUGUCUAAGAGUCAAUAGAUUAGUCCCAAGUCUUUGUGCUUCGGUUCGGACAGGAGAUAACCAUCAUAACAACGGUCUAGGGCUGUAUCACCUACGAAUUUGUGCGAGUCGCUUAAGGUGAAGGUUGCUAGAGAUCAUAACAAACAGUCCUGCUCCCGCAUUAAUCACCUACUCACCCACCCACUCAAGCCAAACAAACAAGACGGCACACAGUGCAGUGUAGCUUGGUCAAAGAGACGAAUUAAAUUGUUUUGCCAAACUUAAUCGUGUGGAAAUUAAUCAGUAUUUUGGUAGUAUUCUCUUUACCCCUUUGAAUGUUUACAGACUUAUGAGAUAUUCUGUUAUUUCACGGGCACAGUUUUUUUUCAAAAAGAAUGGUUAAUCUCAUUUGUAAUCUAGUUUUGCACAAUAUUGUCGACAUUUGUCUCACUGUGCGUAGCUUUAUUUACGUUUUUGACCAUUUUCUCUCCUCUCUUCUCUCUCACUUUUUCUCUCAAAUCAUGUCAAUCUACCGUGAUAUGGGGAGGCAUUAUUUGUCUCAAUUACAAAUUAAACAAUCUAAAGUUCUGUAACAUCAUCUAAAUAUCGCAAUGAAAAUACUAGAUUCGAAACAUUUGAUAUGAUUGGAUCAGAUACUACUUUGUUUCACGGCAAAUGUAGACAGAGAUUUGGACAAGUUCACUCAGCAGUACACAAUAUCACUCAGUUCAACGGUAGGCUUUGCAGUUGUAAAUAACCGCGAUUGAAAUUCCAUCGGGUUUUCGGCCACAAAAGUGGAAAAAACGUAAUCUUUCGGCAAUAAACGCUUGAUUAAACGGAAGAAACAACAGUUUUCCGCAAACGAUCAAAUUUGUAUAGUGCUGGGCAGUUUAGGAGAGAAGAAAAUAGUGAUUUGGAAAAAUAUGUGCCACACGUUCGUCGAGUAAAAGUUGCGGUGAGUGUUGAAAUUUCGCACGAUUCAGUGAAAAUAUUGUGAAUAAAUGAAAACAAUUUGUCCUAAAGUACCCGAAAUAUAAUCACCUACCAUGAGUAGCAAUUUCUAUGCAUUUGAGCAGGUAAGCUUGUAUUUUUUAAUCAAUUUGUUAGUCAAUCUCCUAGCUCAUUGAAGGUGGUGGAGAGGAGGAGAGAGGGGCAAGAGAGCGUGUGACGGCCAUACUGACUGCCAUAUUUGUACGCCUGCAACUAUGUCCUUAAUGCGAAUAGUCCAUUUUACGAGCCGAUUUUAUGAAUGAAUUUUGACAGGAGGUAGCGUCCCGUGAAAAUCAAUAUCAUCAUCAACAUUGUUGUCACUUCGUAAAAUGGCUCAUACUAUCAUAUCUAUCCAGGCCCGAAUAAAGGAUUGUGGAAACCGGAUCUUUACUCCCUUACACUCUGAGUAGAAAAUGACCUAUAAACACCGACGAACCGAUGUGACAGCUAGAACAAAUAAAUUCGAAUUUGUUGUCCCCGACGCCAUGAUGAAAAAUAGCCGAACACUACCGCCUCCUCUAUAACGGUUCGCGUUGUUUUGAUAGCUUGACUCCAAACCCCCGUGUAUUCAUUCAGGAAGAGGUUCGCGCCUGCGUUGAUUUGACAGAAGCGUUCGCUCGCGUCGCUGGUCGACCGUUAAAUUUGAGGGGGGGGGGGGGGGGGGGGGCAGUUUGAAUCGCCACUGUCACGUCGGUUCGUCGGUGCUAUAAAGCCAAAAAAAAUAUCAAGUUCUCAUUUAAUGAUAAAAAUAUCAAAACAGCAAAGUAUUUAUUACGCUCGAUAAAUCAGAAUAAUAGAAUCAGAAAACCUGACUGUAUAUUAAAUGAAAGCAUGCUGUCAAUAAAACUAAAACUUCCUACAACUUACACAAAAUUUCAAUGACGAAAAUAAAUUUAAAAUAAAAACUAUUGAUACUGCAAGCUUUGAUAUAACUACAUCGAUUGUAUAGGUAGAUUUCUUGAAAAAUGAUUGUCUUCAUGUUGUGAAUUAUUGUGUCAUUAAGACUGUCACGAUAAAAGAGCAUGCAACGCUAAGGACACGAUCGGUGAAGUACUAGAUUAGUUAUGAGCUGAAUUUUUGUAUGGUGAGAAGGCGAAUUCUCUGUUUCUGCGAGGAGAAAAGUACAAUAAGCCUGGAUAUUUAUUAUGAUUCCUUGUCUAAUUUGAUGCUGUUUGAGCAAAAGAUUGGAAAACUGUGUUGUUAUAUUCUCCAUUUCUUGUCUUUUAAACAGCACAGUUUACCAAUCUUUUGCUCAAACAGCAUCAAAAUAGACAAAGAAUCUUAAUAUCCACGCUUUUUGUACUAUUUCCUUGUAGAAACGGAGAAUUCAGCUUCUCACCUUACAAAAAUUCAGCUCAUUACCACAAAUCUAGAGUACUUCAUCGAUAGUGCCCUAUUAAAAAUCUAGUCAUAUUUAAUGGAAAAAUUGUAUUGAUUUUUUAACGUAGUAAAUAAAAUGUAUGUGAAAUCUA